CUCAAAACUCCCACGCACUGUAAAUUAAAGGUAUCCAAAGCACAUGAUCCUAUAUGAUGAUGGAAGAAGAGACAACAAUGAUGGCGGCACUCUCCACCCUCCGCCCUUCCCAACUCUCGGAUCUCAGCUACUCCAUCAUGUCCCUCUCUUUCCACCACCGCUGCCGCCUUUGCUUCCUCCUCUCCUCCCCUUCUCUCUUCUCUCUUACCCUCCACCACCUCCACUCCCUCUCAUUCUCCCAAAAGACCCUUCUCAUUGCCCGCCACCUCCUUUUUUCCCUCCAUCACCUCACACGUCACUUCCAGCCUCCGCCACCACUGCUGCUACACCCUUCCGCCGCUAUAAAACACCGUGACCUAGACGCUGUGCUUCUCCUCCUCUUUCUUUGUGAAACAAACCAACAUAAUCCAGAAGCCCUCGAGAGACCUCACGCUGAAUGGCGUGAUAUCUUAAGUAACCUCUGCUCUGAUACUAUGUUAAAGAUCACUGGUAUUACUGGCGUCGUCGAUGGUGCUGCUCUGAUUCCAUAUAUGGAAAUGGUGAAGAGGUGUAGACGGUUUGUUGGAAUAAUGGGUUGUGUCGGUAAGGAAGGGAAGGAGGUGGCGGCAUCAAUAGCAGCGGUGGUGGCGUUACCAGCGGUGGAGGUGAGAAGGGGUGGCGUUGAGUGUGUGAUAUGCAAAGAGGAGAUGAGAGAAGGAAGAGACGUUUGUAAGUUGCCAUGCCAGCACUUGUUCCAUUGGAUGUGCAUAUUGCCUUGGCUGAAGAAGAGGAAUACGUGCCCCUGCUGCAGGUUUCAGCUUCCCUGUGAUGAUAUAUUCGGUGAGAUCCAACGGCUGUGGGGAGUCCUGGUCAAGGCCAGUGGUAAAAGUCUUGAUGCAGGAUGGACAUGAUUGAAUGAUGAUGACACAUGGGAGAAUCAGGAUGGUGGAUGGGGUAAUGAAUGGUAUUGUUUUCAUGAAAAAGACACAUGUGGUUAGGUUUGGAUAAGAGUCUCUUACAGAUUUGAAUUCUGUUAUUAUCUUUCAUCAUCAAAGUAUAUUUUUAAUUGUGUAAUCUUCUUUUCUGUAUGUAUAGCAGAGCAAAUGAAAGCUGGGUUUUUGCCGAAACCUAGAAGAAAGGAAGAUUGAGAUGGUGAAUUAUUUGAUAUAGUCUUAAUGUUGUUAAUAUCUUUCAUGAUCAAAUUUAUUGUUAGUUCAUUGCAUUUUUGUUGUUUGUAUGUUUAGCAGCAAAAGGAACGUUGGAUUUAGAAGAAAGUAAG